CUGGAACCUCACCCAAAUCCAAAGCAGGCAAAGACGCAUUUCAUUUGGCUCGCUCACUCACGCAUCUGUCUGUCCAUCGCUCUAGCUCAGCUCCCAGUGAUAGCGGCAACUGCAAGCGACAGCACAGACAGGGCCACCAAGUGAGCUGGGAGGAAGGUUGUAGAAGAUGGGCAAGCUCUGGACGAUCCUCACUCACCUCCACUCCCUUGCAGGGCCAACGGUCAUACUCCUGUACCCCCUGUACGCGUCAGUGCAGGCGAUGGAGAGCCCGUCGAAGCUUGAUGACGAGCAGUGGCUCGCCUACUGGAUCCUCUACUCCUUCAUCACGCUCAUGGAGAUGGUGCUCGAGUCCCUCAUCUACUGGAUCCCGAUUUGGUACGAGCUGAAGCUGCUGUUCAUCGCGUGGCUGGUGCUCCCCAACUUCAGGGGCGCGGCCUUCAUCUACGACAAGUUCGUCAGGGAGCAGCUCCGGAAGCACGGCCUCACCGCCGGCGGCGGCUCCAGCGGCAAGAGUAAGAAGGACGACAAGUCGCCAUCCUCUUCUCCCAAGGACAAGGAGAAGCCCAUGAGCAAGUUCCUCGCCUUCGUCACCCCCAAGAAGGACCAUGAAGCUUACUGAAGCACGGUGCUGUGACCUGAUCCCUGCGGCUUGUGGAGGCAGAGCCUGUAGUGUUUCUAGUGUCCAGCUGUGUUUGUUCGUUCAUGCUCUUCACUUCAAAAGUUCAAAUAGAGAUGUUUGAUGUAUAUGGCGAUCCUGUAUGUCUGAACAUCUAGCAGAAAUAUUGAAUGGAGACGAGAGCAAACUUUCCGUGUUGAUCAUGUGAAUGUGACUCAAGAGAUCUGACAAAAAGUCAAUACAAUGUUCUUGGACAGGCUUUUAAGUCUGAAUAA